CUUUUACACUUUUCUUUAGUUCAAUUUAUUGUAUGGUUAGUUUAGUUUAAUAGGUAUAUAUGGCCCUGCAUGUGGAGUAUGACCUAAGUGGGGGACCUUAUCUUCUAUAUAUCACUAUCAAUGGUGUACAUGAAAGGCGUAUGGAAUGAAAAGGAGAGUGCUAUAUGCUAAAUGGAAAACAAAAUGUCUAGUGAAUAUCUUGAAUUUUAUUAAUUAAUUUGGUUUUAGGAUUAUAUUUUUAUUAGUUGAUCCCCAUUUCUAGUUUAAGGGUGAAAACUAAAAAAAGAGGAGAACAUAGUAGUCAGUGUCAUUGAUGGACCCAUUGUACUGAGAUUUGUCCCUUUACUCAUUUUUAUUGUUAAUAGUUGGAGAAAAUUGAAAUGUCUUGAGAUUUAUCAAAGAGGUUCCGUGAAUUUCCUUCAGAAAUUUUACACUUUCUGUUCUUUUUAUAUUUCUAGUAGUUUUUUAUGGAGAGGGGUGGGGGUGGGGUAGGGUGGAUUUUAGUUAUUUUUGAGUUAUUCUAUCCUUGUUUUGGAAUUUAAUAUUCCUUCUCUUAUAGUAGAGAAGAAAGGGGUUGGGAAUGGAGACUGGAGAGGAGAUGAAAAAAGGGAGUAUUAUAAGCUAAGAAACUUAUCAUGCUUAACUUGUAGUAAUGUAAUUGCAGAAGUUACCAGCACAACUGUGUUGUUUGUUCUUUCUUUAUGUGUAUCCCUGCUUAUACAUUAGUUCAUGAAAAAAAUCAGCUAAGUUUAAUUUGAUAAGGUGUAAAAGGACCUUUCUAGAAUGUCCACAUCAAAUAAGUUUUCCAUGUUGCUAAAUACUUCUCAGUCAAAAAACGACAAUCCGUUGCACUAAGCUCCCAUAUGCAAGGACCGGCCUACAUUGACUCUAUUGUAUUUCCAAAUACCUAGACAGAAAAGAGAAUAUAGCUUGAAAAUUGUAGUUGUUAUUUUUACAUUUUGGAUAUCAAUCUUGUGGGAUUAUAUUGGAUAUGUUGUUGUUAAUGAUGUCAAUCUUGUCGUCGUGAAUCUAUCAUAUUAGUUGUGAUUUCUAGAAAUACUAACAGUAAAAAAAGAUCCAAAUUCUCACUGUAAACAAACCAAUGUAGUGGACGUCCAUUUUCUGUUAGAUAAAAUACAAAAAAAGGGUUGCUUUUAGUUUCCAACACCUGUAUAUAUGUACUAAGCAAAAUGAUCAAGAUCAUGCUUAGUUGCAUAUAGCAGUAAGCCUUUCUUCAAGAUAAUAAAGCUUGAUGCUCGAAUUUUCUGACAAUUUGAAAUGUUAUGUAAUGUAUUGUCAUUGAUCCUUCUUUAAGGCCAUCAUUGUUUUUGUCGUCAUCUUUCUCUUAUUAGUUACUAUCAAGUUUUAGUGAAUGUAGCACUGAAUAAUGCUAAGAUUUGGAGGAAUUGGAGCGUAUUUUUUUAGUGCUGAGUAGAAGCUAGUUAAUUUGAGCACCAGACUUUAUGAGGUGAAUUAGCCAAUUCUAAUCUAAGAUGGGUCGAUCUAGCGUUGAGGCAAUAGAAACAAAAGAAAUGGACUACCAAAGUUUGCCAUCCCCUCAACACCAACAAGCACCAUAUAUGCACAAGGUUGGAGUCCCACCGAAACAGAACCUAUUCGAUGAAUUUAAGACUACUGUAAAGGAAACAUUGUUUGCAGAUGAUCCUCUACGCUCCUUUAAAGAUCAGUCAAGGUCUCGCAAGUUUGUCCUUGGUUGGCAGGCUGUGUUUCCCAUACUAGAUUGGGGUAGAAGCUAUAAUGUUUCUAAGUUUAGAGGUGAUCUUAUUGCUGGUCUGACUAUUGCAAGUCUCUGCAUUCCUCAGGACAUUGGCUAUUCAAAACUCGCAAACUUAGCUCCUCAAUAUGGGCUAUACUCCAGCUUUGUUCCACCUUUGAUUUAUGCCUUCAUGGGUAGCUCAAGAGAUAUAGCGAUAGGACCUGUUGCUGUUGUAUCACUAUUGCUAGGGUCUCUGCUUAGCAAUGAAAUUGAUCCAACUACAAAUCCAAAUGAAUAUCGGAGGCUUGCAUUUACAGCUACUUUUUUUGCUGGCAUUACUCAAGCUACUAUUGGAAUCUUAAGAUUGGGAUUUUUAAUCGACUUCUUAUCUCAUGCUGCUGUUGUCGGUUUCAUGGGUGGUGCGGCCAUUACAAUUGCCCUCCAGCAACUUAAAGGUUUUCUGGGCAUCAAGAAGUUUACUAAGGAAACUGAUAUCAUUUCUGUGAUGAAAUCAGUAUGGCGUUCGGCUCACCAUGGAUGGAACUUGCCGACAAUUCUCAUUGGAGCAACCUUUUUAACUUUCCUUUUGUUCGCUAAGUACACUGGAAAGAAGAACAAAAAGCUGUUUUGGAUACCUGCAAUUGCUCCUCUGAUCUCUGUCAUUCUUUCCACCUUCUUUGUCUACAUAACCCAUGCCGAAAAAAAGGGAGUCGAGAUUGUGAGAGACAUUGAGAAAGGAAUCAAUCCUCCUUCUGUCAGCGAAAUCUAUUUUACUGGUGAUUAUCUCCUAAAAGGGCUAAAGAUUGGUAUUGUUGCUGGAAUGAUUGCAUUGACGGAAGCUGUUGCAAUUGGAAGAACAUUUGCUUCAAUGAAGGACUACCAGUUAGAUGGAAACAAAGAAAUGGUGGCACUUGGAGCGAUGAAUGUUGUUGGCUCAAUGACAUCAUGCUAUGUGACAACAGGUUCCUUCUCUCGAUCAGCAGUAAAUUACAUGGCUGGUUGCCAAACUGCAGUUUCCAACAUUAUCAUGUCUGUUGUUGUGUUCUUGACAUUGUUGUUCAUAACCCCCCUUUUUGAGUACACUCCAAAUGCAAUCCUCGCUGCCAUCAUUAUCUCUGCUGUCAUUGGAUUAAUAGACUAUGAAGCCGCAAUUUUGAUUUGGAAGAUCGACAAAUUUGAUUUUGUUGCUUGCAUGGGAGCAUUUUUUGGUGUGGUUUUCGCCUCGGUUGAGAUAGGUCUUUUAAUUGCAGUCUCAAUAUCAUUUGCUAAGAUUCUCCUUCAAGUCACAAGGCCACGAACAGCUAUUCUUGGCAAGAUCCCUAGGACAAAUGUAUAUAGGAACAUUCAACAAUAUCCCGAGGCAACACAAGUUCCCGGUGUACUAAUUGUGAGAGUUGAUUCUGCUAUCUACUUUUCAAAUUCUAACUACACGAGAGAGAGGAUACUGAGAUGGGUAACGGAUGAGGACGAGCAACUAGAAUCCGCUGGCUUUCCUAAAAUUAGGUUCUUGAUUGUUGACAUGUCACCGGUGACUGACAUUGACACCAGUGGCAUCCAUGCCUUUGAAGAGUUGCACAGAAGCCUACAGAAGAGAGAAGUUCAGCUUGUUCUCUCAAACCCUGGAAGGCAAGUGAUCGACAAGCUGCACGCAUCCAAUUUCGUGAGCCAAAUUGGCGAGGACAAGAUCUUUCUCACUGUUGCAGAUGCCGUGCUAACAUGUUCCUCGAAGUUCCCUGACGAAGUAGUCUAAAGUGGUAAAUAGCAUACAACCAUGGAAACUCACUCACCCCUAUGCUGGGACUGGGAGAAAGAAAAAUCAGCUAGAGAGAACCAAUUUGCAUAUAGCAAUGUGUAGUGAAUCAAAAAGGGACGUUGGAUCCUAAUUAUCAGUGAUUGGUGGGACCUUAGAAAGUGAUGGCAUUCUAAUCCAGAAGCAGAAAAUGGUUCAUAUAUAAGCCAAUUGUUAUAAUGCUCUUGUUGAGUUGUUAAAGUUCUCUGUAUGUUAGCUACAGUUCAGAUUGUAUAGAUAGUUCAAAACUUUCUUCUCAAUGAGGGCUUGCUAAAACCAAUGUUGGAAUUACCAGGAAUGCAUGCCAUCCCAUUAUAUACCA